CAUCUUGUCAAUUCCAUGCGAGAGCGCAACAAACUUCAUUCAAGUGUGGAACGACUAGAAGAAUCACUUGCACGCGCAAAUUCCGAGCUUGGAAGGUUUCAAAGGGCGGUUGAGGAGCAGAAUAAAGUGUCUUGUGGUGUAGAUGUAUGGCGUGCGACUGCGCAUGCCAAGGAGCGUGAGUUGCGUAUUUGCGAGGAAGAACUCAGUCUUCUGCGUGGUAUUGUUGAGCAACGUGUCAUGCGCUCUGGAAACGUGGUGAUGCAACAGGCAGGUAGCACGGCUCUUGCUCAGGUGAAGAGCGAUUUAGAGGAUCUAAUUAUUGAACUUGCCUCCGCACAUGUUCUUAGGCGUGAGGCUGAAAUACAUGCGGAACGCGUCUCAGAAGAGCUCGAGGCUGCGCAGUCACACAUACAACUGAUUGAUAACCGUUUGGCCGAGGCGGAGAAGACUGUGGCAUUCCAGAGAUUGCAGGAGAUGCGGGAACGUCUUCUGUCUGGCAAUGAUAUGUCACUGCCUUUGCCUUCAUUGCCGACAUUGCCAUCUUUUUCGAUGCUAUUGGAAGGUAAUGUUGCAGCGUGGCCGAUAGACGCCCGACGUGAAAUUGCACGUCUAGCGAACUAUGCGGAGAGUCUUGUGGCACAGCAUGCUGAAAGCGAUCGUUAUGCCGAGUUACGACUGUCGGAAAUACGACGAGAAAAUGAAGAGCCCCCCCAAAAAAAAAGAUAA